GGGGCGCGGCGCCGAGGGCUCCGGGCGCUCCCGCUCCCCUUUGUUCGCGGGGCCGAUGGCGGCCGGGCCGGGGAGCGGCCCCGGGGCCCCCAGCGAGGAGGAGGCCGUGCACCUCUGCCGCAGCCUGGAGAUGGGCACCGUCAUGACUCUUUUUUAUUCGAAAAAGUCGCAGCGACCCGAACGGAAAACUUUCCAGGUGAAGCUGGAAACGCGGCAGGUUACCUGGAGCCGCGGAUCCGAGAAGAUCGAGGGAGCCGUGGAUAUUCGUGAAAUCAAAGAGAUUCGUCCAGGAAAAAACUCGCGGGAUUUUGACCGGUACCAGGAGGAUCCGUGUUUCCGACUGGAUCAGUCUCACUGCUUUGUUGUCCUCUAUGGCACAGAAUUCCGUCUGAAGACCCUCAGCUUGCAAGCCACUUCUGAGGAUGAAGUCAACAUGUGGAUCAAGGGGCUGAACUGGCUGGUGGCAGACACACUAAGGGCUCCCACCCCCCUGCAGAUCGAAAGGUGGCUCCGGAAGCAGUUCUACUCCCUGGAUCGCAACCGGGAGGACAGGAUCUCUGCCAAGGAUCUGAAGAACAUGUUGUCUCAGGUCAACUACCGGGUCCCCAACAUGAGGUUCCUGCGGGAGAGACUCACGGAUGUGGAGCAAAGGAAUGGGGAUAUCACAUAUGGACAGUUUGCACAGCUCUACCGCAGCCUGAUGUUCAGUGCCCAGAAAAUGAUGGAUGUCCCGUUCCUAGAAAGGGGUGCAGAAAGGUCUGAGCACUUCAGGGUGUCACUGCUGGAGUUCCAGAAGUUCUUGCUGGAGUACCAGAGGGAGCUCUGGGCUGCAGAUACCCUUCAGGUACAGGAAUUCAUGUUCAACUUUCUGAGAGACCCUUUGAGGGAGAUUGAUGAGCCUUAUUUCUCUUUGGAUGAAUUUCUCACCUUCCUGUUUUCCAAAGAGAACAGCAUCUGGAACUCUCAACUGGACAUGGUGUAUCCAGAGAACAUGAACAACCCCCUCUCCCAUUACUGGAUCUCCUCCUCACACAACACGUACCUGACGGGGGAUCAGUUCUCGAGCGAGUCCUCGCUGGAGGCGUAUGCCCGCUGCCUGCGCAUGGGCUGCCGCUGCAUCGAACUGGAUUGCUGGGAUGGUCCCGAUGGCAUGCCAGUCAUCUACCAUGGACACACCUUAACCACCAAGAUCAAGUUCUCUGAUGUCUUGGUCACUAUCAAGGAGCAUGCCUUUGUCACCUCUGAUUUCCCUGUCAUUCUGUCCAUUGAGGAUCACUGCAGCAUUGCUCAGCAGAGGAACAUGGCUCAGAAUUUCAAGAAGGUCUUUGGUGAUAUGCUGUUGACCAAACCAGUAGAUAUUUCUGCCGAUGGCCUUCCAUCUCCAAACCAGCUUAAGAGGAAAAUUCUUAUCAAGCACAAGAAGCUGGCAGAGGGCAGUGCCUAUGAAGAGUUACCCACAUCUGUAAUGUAUUCAGAGAAUGACAUCAGCAACUCCAUCAAGAAUGGGAUCCUCUACCUGGAAGACCCCAUCAAUCACGAGUGGAAUCCACAUUACUUUGUCCUGACCAGCAGCAAGAUCUAUUACUCUGGGGAGACAACCAAUGACCAAGGAAAUGAGGAUGAAGAAGAGCAAAAGGAGGUGAGCAACAGCAUGGAGCUUCACUCCACAGAGAAGUGGUUUCAUGGGAAGCUGGGAGCAGGCCGGGAUGGGCGGCACAUCGCGGAGCGGCUGCUGACCGAGUACUGCAUCGAGACGGGGGCCCCCGAUGGCUCCUUCCUCGUCAGAGAGAGCGAGACCUUUGUUGGAGAUUACACCCUCUCCUUCUGGCGCAAUGGGAAAGUGCAGCACUGCCGCAUCCACUCGAGGCAGGAUGCUGGCAGCCCCAAAUUCUUCCUGACGGACAACCUGGUGUUCGACAGCCUCUACGACCUCAUCACCCACUACCAGGAGGUGCCACUGAGGUGCAACGAGUUUGAGAUGAGGCUGACAGAGCCAGUGCCACAGACCAAUGCUCAUGAGAGCAAAGAGUGGUACCAUGCCAACCUCACCCGUGCCCAGGCUGAGCACAUGCUGAUGCGGGUGCCGCGCGAUGGAGCCUUCCUGGUGCGCAAGAGGAGUGAGCCCAGCUCCUAUGCCAUCUCCUUCCGGGCGGAAGGGAAGAUCAAACACUGCCGAGUACAGCAGGAGGGCCAGACCGUGCUGCUUGGCAACUCUGAGUUUGAGAGCCUGGUGGACUUGAUCAGCUACUAUGAAAAGCACCCCCUGUACCGCAAGAUGAAGCUGAGGUACCCCAUCAAUGAGGAGACACUGGAGAAGAUAGGGACAGCGGAACCUGACUACGGAGCCCUUUACGAGGGACGUCACCCCGGGUUCUACGUGGAAGCCAACCCCAUGCCCACCUUCAAGUGUGCUGUUAAAGCCCUGUUUGACUACAAGGCACAGCGGGAGGAUGAGCUCACCUUCACCAAAAAUGCCAUCAUCCAGAACGUGGAGAAACAGGAAGGAGGCUGGUGGAGAGGAGAUUAUGGUGGCAAGAAGCAGUUAUGGUUCCCUUCCAACUAUGUAGAGGAAAUCAUUGGUCCCAGCAGCCUGGAGUCAGAGAGGGAGCUGGAUGAGAACAGCCCCUUGGGAGACCUGCUGGGAGGUGUCCUGGAUGUGCCCUCCUGCCAGAUCGCCAUCCGCCCCGAGGGGAAGAACAACCGCCUCUUCGUCUUCUCCAUUAGCAUGGCCUCUGUGUCACGCCUGUCCCUUGAUGUGGCAGCUGAUACACACGAGGACUUGCUGGACUGGGUGAAGAAGAUCCGGGAGGCAGCCCAGACAGCUGAUGCACGGCUCUCUGAAGGGAAGAUGAUGGAGAGGAGGAAGAAGAUUGCCCUGGAGCUUUCAGAGCUGGUGGUCUAUUGCCGACCUGUGCCCUUUGACGAAGAGAAGAUUGGCACAGAGAGGGCCUGUUACCGAGACAUGUCCUCCUUCCCUGAGACCAAGGCAGAAAAAUAUGUCAACAAGAUCAAGGGCAAGAAGUUCCUGCAGUACAACCGCCUGCAGCUCUCCCGCAUCUACCCCAAGGGCCAGCGCCUUGACUCCUCCAACUAUGACCCUCUGCCCAUGUGGAUCUGUGGCAGCCAGCUGGUAGCACUCAACUUCCAGACCCCAGACAAGCCCAUGCAGAUGAACCAGGCCUUGUUCAUGUCCAGUGGGCAGUGUGGGUACGUCUUGCAGCCGACCAACAUGCGGGAUGACAUCUUCGACCCCUUCGACAAGAGCACCCUGCGGGGGGUGGAGCCCCUCUCCAUCUCCAUUGAGGUCUUGGGGGCCCGGCACCUUCCCAAAAACGGGAGGGGAAUCGUUUGUCCUUUCGUGGAGGUGGAGGUGUCUGGAGCUGAAUAUGACAAUGCCAAGCAGAAAACUGAGAUUGUGGCGGACAAUGGCCUGAACCCUCUCUGGACCCCGAAGCAGUUCCACUUUCAGGUCAGCAAUCCUGACUUCGCUUUCCUCCGCUUCGUGGUGUAUGAGGAGGACAUGUUCAGCGAUGAGAACUUCCUGGCUCAGGCCACCUUCUUGGUGAAAGGCUUGAAGACAGGUCUCCGAGCUGUACCCCUGAAGAACAACUACAGUGAGAACCUGGAGCUGGCUUCCCUGCUUGUCAAGAUAGACAUUUUCCCGAGCAAGGAGAAUGGUGAAAUAAACCUCUUCAGUGCUUCAGCCCUACGGGACCGAGCAGGGGAUGCUUCCACUCAGCUGCUGGGCAGCAGGGGCAGAGAGGGCUCCUUUGAGGCACGGUACCAGCAGCCCUUUGAGGACUUCCGAGUGUCCCAGGAGCAGUUAGCUGAUCACUUUGAGAGCCGGGAGCGAAGGGUACUGCGGAGGACCCGGGUCAACGGGGACAACCGUCUGUAGCCCAUCUCGGGGGGUGAAAGCACCUCCAGUGCUUGUGAAUCUCACGGCACGCUGUGAACUGGUUUCUAUGGAAACGGCACUGCUAUGGCCUACUUUCAGGCAGCUUUUCCAGUUUCUCUGCUGAAGUGUGUUUUGAGUGGAGAACUAAAAAAAAAAAACACAAACCAAUCAAAAAAAUCACCAAAAAAACCCAAAAACAAAAACAAACCCAAACAAAAAUAACCCCAAGCCUUCACCACCAAGCCCUUAAUGAAGCACAUCGGGGUAUGCAGAUGGUGACCCGCCGAGGUGAGAUGGACCUGUCUAUAAUAGCAAAGAAAAGAGACCUGGGGGGAAAAAAAAAUAAGAAAACCCCCACCAGCCCUCUGCCAUGGCUGCUCCACCUGUAUUCCUGGAGAUCCCGCAGCUCCUGGAGGACCUUUGCAGCCAUCCUUUGUGUACCUGUUCCCAGUACGCUGGCAAAGGAGGGACUUCAGCGACCAAGGCAGCACAGAUCUCUGUCCUGGUGGUAUUGCAUCUACCUACCUGUAUAGCCACUGCCUAUGGGUCCAGUAGUGAAACAUUUACAAGGCCUCUCUAGCUUUAAAUGACAAUAAAAGUGUCAGUAUUACACG